AUGAAUCUCUCGCUUGACACGAUAUUAACCAAUGCGCGUGAACUUGUCUCCCGUUUACGUCGUGAUGAUGCCACAGCUGACACAGCUGUAAAUCAAGCACAAUAUGUUCAAGAACGGAUUCUCAGUAUGAAACAGUAUGGUGAUGAUCUUGCGGAAUUGAAUGAUAUUAGCGCUCAUCGUCCCAAAACAGCAAUUCUGUAUAAUAUUCAAAAAGAAAAUCGUCUCAUUAAACAAUUACAACGCGAAAAUGAAGAAUUGAAGCAAUUAGUUACGGAACAUCGAAGUGUUCUUGAAAAGAUUAUGUACAAAUAUCGACAGGAUGUUCAGCGACUUAUUUUAAUGGAUAAAGAAGAAAGCCAAGCUGUAAAUUUAUUUAAUGCUUCAUUAGCCCAGGAUAUUCAAGACAAAUCGUCGAAGAUUCAUGAGAUGGCAACAGUCAUGCGACGAGCUAUCGAUAUCGACGAUACAAAUAGUGCAUCUCAAGAAGAACGCAUUCAUGCUUUAUUACUUGAAAAUCGCGGCUUGAAAGAGAUUCUUGCUAUACAUGAAAACAUUCAACGACCUAAGCAAAUAUCUGAGGUUUGUGUCGAGCCAUACUGUUUCUAUGUCAAUAUUUUAGUUAAUUUCUUACAUGAGUGA